GGCCGACAAGCCGUCAGUCGGCCCGUGACCCUCGCCGUGUCGUGUCGCGCCCGCGCGCUCAACCCGCGUUAUUUUUUCGUCGUGUGAGAGUGUGUGAGUGUAUUGCUGCGAGGCCCCCGCUCCUCCUCCUACUACUCCGUGUGUGUGUGUGUUAUUUUGUCUUGUGCGGGCUUUUCGCUCUCGACCCCCAUGCGAAAAGAUCAAGCCAAAAUUAUUUCGCGCUUGCCCUAGAAAACACCGAAACAGCACACGGAAUCGAUUGAUUUUCCCCCGUCUUGUCACCACGACGGCAUUUGACAGUUUCUCCAUUCCAAAAUUGCCAAAAAACAACAACAACUUUUGAUCCUUUUCAUCUUAUUUUUAUUUUUUUGGUUCCGUUCAAUUUGGUUUUUAUCGUCGACGAGAAAAUCAGUGAUGUUUUAAGUGAUUUGUGUUGUUCCGUGCUUUUCCUUUCUCCCGCAAAAAUUUCGUGAAGAUAAAAAAAAAAAGUUUGGGGUCUUUUUGAUUUCAAUUAACAACGAAUGGCAUCGUCGACGAGGUGACACGAACAGAGACCACCUUCAUAAUUGAAAUUAGGGAAGAAAAGAAAAUUACUGAGAAAUUGUUUUUUUUUUUUGUUGUUGGCGGACGGUUGAUCGGAAUUAUGGCGAUGCCGACAUUGAACCAACAUCAACCGGCGGAUCGGUCCGACAGCUGAUCGGAUUUGUUUUUGGUUGCUUAAAAAAAUUCAAAACGACAUUUGUGUGUUUUUUUGGCUUCGACCAAUUUUUUUGUGGAUUAAAACACUGAAAGAAUCUCUUUUGAGUGUUACAAGUGAGCGCCGGACGAGUGUGCCAAGUGAUUCUGUGUGUGUGUCUGUGUGUCUGGUUCAGGGUGUGUGUGGUAGGAGAGUCUUGUGCUCGGAAGAGUGUCAAUGCGCUUCCGCACGAGUCCGGCCACGCCACACCGUCUUGGCCUCUGCCAAAGAUGAUGAGGUGGUAACCUGAAGAAAAUUAAGAGAGAAAAGGAGGACAAAAAAUCAAUUGGACACCCAUUUCGGUGGCGCAAAGAGAAGAAGAAGAAGAAGAAAUUGAAUCGACAGAUCAAGAAAAAGAAGAAGAAGAAAUGGACGUCUCGAUAGCGGUGCCUAGUCCACGAGUUCACUCUGACGCGGCCUCAGCGACGCCCUCAGCGGCCAUCAGUUUACCUUCGCCGACGGCGCCAACGCCAACGACGCCGCCCAAUUCGAUGGACACGGGACAGACGACCCUAGUCCACGCCCGGCUGGACGCCCGCGACGUGAUGGCCGGCUCGUGUGAUUCUGGUCAGGAGGAUGAAGAGCUGGAAGAUCAUAGUCACCACCACAGCAGUUCCCGCUCGCCCAAUCUGCCUGGAAGUAAAACGUCGGCCAAUGCCAGCGGAUCGACGGCUCCGGCCGGCCGGGAAGACGACGACGACGACGUCGAUGAGGAAGACGACGAGGAUGAGGACGACGACGACGACGUCGAGCGAUUCGACGGCAAAAUCGUCUACAAUCCCGACGGAUCGGCUUACAUCAUCGAGGAGAACAACCACGGCAGCGACACGGAGGACAUUCCGGUCCGGCUGCCCAAAUUGGAGGGCGCCAUUGUGGACGGGCGUCGCGGGACGCAGGACCUGGACGACGUGGCGGGCGCCUCUCUGCCUCAGAUUGCCAGCGCCUUGUACGUGUCCCGCCCUCAGGUCAACCGACCGAAUUCCUAUUACGGCAACAGCAGCGCGUACCCGGGCAACGGCGGCAAGAAUGCAGCCAAGUCGGCCGAGCCGGUCAUGCACAGCUUCCGCGUCUACUCUGCCCGCCGCAAUUCGGAUCCGGCGACGAACCCACCGGCACCGGCCGCCCUUUUCCACUCCAACUCGUCGGUGCCCAUCAAGCCCAUCCUCAUGUGUUUCGUCUGCAAGUUGUCGUUCGGCCUGGCCAAGACGCUCAUGUCGCACGCCACGGGCGAGCACGGCGUCCGGCUGGACGACGAGGAGAAGCGGAUCCUGGGACAGGCCAACACGUCGGCCAUCCUCCAGCUGGUCGGUAAGAGCAAAGAGCCCGUCAUUUCGUUUCUCGAGCCGGUUACCUCGCCCGCCAAUCAGAUGACGACUGCCGGGCAACAGCAGCCCAGCAACAGUCACAACAACAAUUCCUCGCCGGCCGACGAAAUGGACGUUGACGACAUCAAAGCCGAGCCCAUCCACAACGACGAAUCGUUUGAGACCAAGGAAACGCUGGCCGUCUCGACGUUCAACCGCCCAGGUUCAAGCAGUCCCAUCGGUAACAACAACAACAACAACGGACGGGCGAGCGUGUCGUCACCGUCCGCCGCCAGUUCGGCCACGCCGUCUCCGCUUUCGCCGCACCUGCAGCUGACGCCGCCCAACGUCAGCAUCGCUUCGAUUGCGGCGGCCGCCGCCGGAUUCGGCAACCCCUUUUUCAGUCAGCAGCUCCAGCAGCAGCAGCAGCAGCAAAUGUACCAGCAACAGCCGGAUGUGGUCCAGGGACUGCUGAGCCCCGGACUGAGCAGUUCGGCGGCGGCCGCCAUGGCCCUGGCCACCCGCAAUUCCUGCAAGACGCUGAAAUGCCCAAAGUGCAACUGGCACUACAAGUACCAGGAGACGCUGGAAAUUCACAUGAAGGAGAAGCAUCCGGAGAGCGAGACGUCGUGUCUCUACUGCCUGACUGGCCAGCCUCAUCCGCGGCUGGCCCGCGGCGAAACGUACACGUGCGGAUACAAGCCGUACCGCUGCGAGGUCUGCAACUAUUCGACGACGACCAAAGGCAACCUGAGCAUCCACAUGCAGUCGGACAAGCACCUGAACAACGCCCAGGAAUUGCAUCACAGCAGCAACGGGCAGCAGCAGCCGGGCGGAGGCGGCGGCGGCGGAGGCAACGGACUGGGCAACACUAGCGCCCACAAUACCAGCGCCGAAUCGCUGACGUCGCCGUCUAAAACGAGUUCCAGCUCGUCGCUGCUGCACCACCAGAGCCCCAACAUGACGAGCUCCGUCAACAAUCCGGCGGUGGCCAACAGUUUGACCAACAGUCCGGCCACUUCUUCGUCGGUGUCGUCGAGCCAAUUGGCCAAACUGGCGGCGCCGGCCAACAAGCCGACGUUCCGGUGCGACGUGUGCAACUACGAGACGAACGUCGGCCGGAAUUUGCGGAUCCACAUGACGAGCGAGAAGCACACGCACAACAUGAUCAUGCUCCAGCAGAACGUCAAGCGGAUGCAGCAACUCUCUGUCCUCCAGCAGCAGCAGCAGCACGAUCCGUCUGGCGUCGGCCUCCAAUCGUCGCCCGGCGGAGCCGAAGCCGCUCUGGCGGAUAUGGCCUAUCAGCAGGCUCUUUUCAUCCAGAUGAUGACGGGCGGUCAACUUCCUGGGCAAGCCGGACAGUUGGUUGGAGAUCCUCAAUCACCCUGGGCAUCCGGCGGAGCCGCCGGUGGAGGAGGGCAAUCGGGAAUUCCGGGGGCCGGCCCGCUGGCCGAUCCUGGUCUAAAUCCCGAGACGAUGGAGCCGUUGCCCGAGCCGAUGGAAGCCAAUCCGUCGCACGUGUUCCAGUGUCUGGUGUGCAGCGUGUUUUGCGGCGACAUGGCCGAAGUGGUUGCCCAGCACGUCGCGGCCGAUCGAUCGCGCCAGCGCGAGCACGAGGCCCUGCUCCUCAUUGGCGGCCAUUACCUGUGCCGAUUGUGCGCCUACAAGACGACGCUCAAGGCCAAUUUCCAGCUGCACUGCAAGACGGACAAGCACUUGCAGCGGCUCCAGCACGCCACCCACAUCCAGGAGGGCGGGGCCCGCAACGACUGGAAAUUGCAGUACGUGACGAGCACGACCAAUCCGGUCCAGCUGCGCUGCAACGUCUGCGAGUACUACACCAACAGCGUCCACAAGCUCCAGGUGCACGCGGCCAGUCCACGCCAUCAGCUGGCCGUCGAGCUCUUCCGCUUCGUCUCGGAUGAGGCGGCGGCUCUGGGCCGCUCCGCCAGCGGAGUCCAGUACCAGUGCCGACUCUGCCAGUGCGACUGCCCCAGCAAGACGGCCCUUCUCCAGCACGCCCGCUCGCUGCGCCACUGCCAAUUGGAGCAGUUGGCCGAGCUUCAGCGGCGCAGCACGGUCGGUCCCAAGGAGCCGAUGCUGGGACCGCUGGAACUGCGCGACCUUUUCGCCGUCGUCUCUUCCGGCAGCGAUUCGGACGACGAAGGAGCGGCGGCACCACCACAAGUCAAUCCAGCCAAUGGAACAGAAGGUGGUCGAGCUCAUCUACUACUGGCCGAACCGGGAAGAGCUACUCCGACAACUGCGACAACAACAACGAAAGCUCUGCAACAACAACAACAACAGCAGCAGCAAGGUGAACAAAUGGCCAACAACAACGACAGCAAAGCGUCAAUGGAGCAGCAGCCGAGCAACCAGGGAUUGAGUUGUCCCUUGUGCCAGAACCGUUUCGCCGACCGGGCCCAAGUGGAGCAACACGCCGCCACGGUGCACAACGUCAACGCCGAGGGUUUGGAACGGCUCAUGCUGCUUGUCGAACAGGCCAACUGGCUCAACGCAGCCAUGCAACAACAACAACAACAGCAGCAGCAACAACAACAACAGCAACAACAGCAGCAGCAGCAGCAGCCACAAGGUAACAAAGUAGUGCGACCUGAGGAAGAUUCCCGGCACGAAUCGCCGACCUCUGGCGAGGACGAAAGCGAAACUUUGACUCCUGCGGUGGCCCAGGUUCACCAGCAGCGCGGACAACAACAGGCAACAACAACAACAACAACACUGGUGCCCCCCGCUGCCACGGUCUCUGAGCGGCACGCCUACAAGUACCGGUGCCCUCAGUGCUCGCUGGCCUUCAAAACGCUGGACAAGUUGCAGCUGCACUCGCAAUAUCACGUCAUCCGCGACGCGACAAAGUGCCCGCUCUGCGGCCGCUCUUUCCGCUCCAUUUUGUCGCUGCAAAAGCAUCUGGAGAGCUCGCACGCCGAGCUGACGGACGAGGAGGCCAACGUGUUGAGGCAGAGCCUCUUGUCGCAUCCGCUGCUCCUCAGCGGACUGGCCGGUCAGGCCAGCGAAGCCGCCAUUAGCGAGUACUUGCGCCGCGAACAGGCGGCAGCCGCCGAACUCUCUGGAGGCGAAGACGAAAUGGACCAGGAAGAUUCUGGAUUGCUGCAGAAUUCCGCCCUGCUGGCCACCACCAUGGACGAAGGGCAGGAGGAGAGCGAAGAGAUGGAUCAGGACCAGAUGGGCCACGAUUCCGGUCUCCUUCACAGCAGCCAGAGGGGUGGAGGAAUGUCUGGCGGAAAUGUGAGCGGAGGCGGCAACAACGGCGAGCCGGUCCACCAGGGGACUCCGCUGGAAGAAUACCUCAACAGCGCCUCGGUGGCGGAAGAAACGUACGCCGACCCGGUGCGCCGCCACAAGUGCCACCGGUGCAAGAUGGCGUUCACGUCGCAGAGUUACCUGACUAGUCACAACAAGACGAUGCAGCACCGCAAGGGCGAAAAGCUGCACUACCCCAUGGAGAAAUACCUGGACCCCAACCGGCCGUUCAAGUGCGACGUCUGCAAGGAGUCGUUCACACAGAAGAACAUCCUCCUGGUUCACUACAAUUCCGUCAGCCAUUUGCACAAGCUCAAAAGGGCCGCUUCGCUUACCGGAGGAGCUGCCGAACCGGCCGCAGCCUCACCAGUCACGCCCACCCUGCCGCCGUUGGUCGCCAGACCCGAACGACCCGUCACGGCCAGUUCCAACUGCUCGACGGGAGCUGCCAACGCCAACAACGAGUCACCGGCUGGGAACAAGCCGUGGAAGUGCAACAUUUGCAAAGUGGCCUACAGUCAAGGCUCCACCCUGGACAUUCACUUGCGCUCCGUUCUCCACCAGACGAGAGCCUCCAAACUGCAAGAGCUGGCCGCUGCCGGUCAGAUUGAUUUGACCAGGCCGUUGAUCGAGCAGCCGGCUCCUGGCACGGCCGUGAGUCACACCCUGAGUUCGCCCGAAUCGCCCGCCCUGCCCGGCCGUAAAACUAGUCCCGUCGAGAACGGACUAGAUCAACAGCAGCAGCAGCAACAACAAUUGGCCAUGGCCCUGGGACAACUCUACGGGCUGUCGCCCGAGCAGAUAUUCCAGCAGCAGCAGCAACAACAUCUGGUCCAGCAGUAUUACUCGGCCGUUGGAUUCAAUAAUGUCGACAACAACUGGCCCAACAACGCCAAGACGGCCGAACCUGCCGCCGAGUCGCCUAUUGCCCUGCCCGACGACAACACCAACAACAACAACAAGCUGAGCCUGCCGGCUCGCCGCUCUUCGCGCAUGCUCAAGCACCUGCUGGGCAGCUACGGCUUUGAACUGGUGAUGCAAUUCAACGAAUGUCACCAGAAGCAACGCGGUGCCGGCCAACCCAAACAGCAACAACAGCAGCUGAGAGGAGAGGAGCAACAACAACAACAGCAACAAGCGAGCGGCGGCGUCAAUCUCAACAAUUCGACUGCCAGCAGCAACGAUCCGGCGGAAGAGGAGAACAAGGAGAACGCCAUGGAGACGCAAGACGCUCAAUCAGGAACGGAUAAAGCCCCUGAAAUCCAGCGCUGCGUCUGCCCGCUCUGUCACAAGAGUUUCUCCAGCAUUUGGGUUCUCAAGGCUCACAGCGAGGAGGUCCAUCGUCAGAUGGUUCCGCCCCAUUGCGUCGAACAAUGCGCCGACGAAAUCAAGAGGACAGCCAAUUUGAAUAAUACUUCCGCCUCCACUCCGGCUGGAGUGGGGCCACAUUUGUCACCCGUUGAACGACUCCCGCCGCCGGGCAAUAUCGACAGACCCGAACGCGAACCCACCGCCGAUCUUCCGGCUGAACCUUCAUCGAAACCGACAACUGCGACUAACCGACCGGAAAACACUCCGACUCCGAGGACGGCUACUUCGACUCCGAUUUCAUCCAGUGCUGCCGAAUCGGCUGCCCAGGCUCAGGCCCAGCAGCAGGCUGCCCAACUGCAGCAAUCUCAAUCGUUGGCCCAGCAGAUGAGUGACAUGCAGGGGGUUCUCAACGCCAUGGGCUUGGCUUCCCAACUGCAGCAGCAAUUCAACCCGAUGAUGAUGGGUCUGGCCGGAUUAGGCCUUCACGGUGCUGCCGGGCUCGGUUUCAACAUGCCGGCCGCCGCUUUGGCCGCUAUGAACAUGCAACCACCUUUGAUGAAUCCUUUCAUGAUGGCCGCCGGCCACUUUGAUCCCAUUCAAGCUGCCAUGGCCGCCCAGGCUGCACAAAACAAUCCUUACUUGCAAUCCGCCAUGGAUCAACAAGCCGGACAAUUCGCCAAACAGCAGCAGCAAAUGCUCCAACAGCAGCAGCAGCAGCAACAACAACAACAGCAGCAGCAACAGCAAUCCGCCGCCGGUAGUUCUGCAGCGAACAAUUCGCAGGUAGGAGGUUCGGCCAAUGGCCAGCAGCAACAACAACAACAGCAGCAGCCGGGUCAGCAACAAAAGAGGGCUCGAACGAGGAUCAGUGACGACCAGUUGAAGAUUUUACGAGCUCAUUUCGAUAUCAACAAUUCACCGUCGGAGGAAACCAUCGCCGAAAUGGCCCGCCAGUCUGGCUUGCCUCCCAAAGUCAUUAAACAUUGGUUCCGCAAUACGCUGUUCAAGGAGCGCCAGCGCAACAAAGAUUCGCCCUACAACUUCAGCAACCCGCCCAGCACGACGCUCAACCUGGAAGAGUACGAGAAGACGGGCGAGACCAAAGUCACUCAACUCAAAGCGGAAGAGCAAAUGGAAAUUCAAAGGGCUCUGAUCAGCACGCGGCCCACGCCGGCCACCAACAGCAAAGCGGCAAAGACGGCCGCUGCGGCUGCAGCAGCCGCCGCCGCCUCCGCCGCCGCAGCAGCAGCAGCAGCAGCGUCGAUGGCCUCGGUCGCUCCACCGGCUAUACCCGAGGCCGUUCAAGUCAAGAAAGAAGUGGUGGCGGAAAUGCCCGAACCAACAGCCGAAGAAACUGCCAGUCGUUCGACUCCACAAAUGCUGCCAACGACACCCGGAAAUCCGUUCCACAUCCGAAGCGGAUCGCCCAUGACGAACCUUUCAUUGGCCUCUCUCAUCAAUUCGCAACUGAACGUCGACACCAAGAACUGUCACCUUGGGCCGGGCGGAGGCAUGUUCCCUCCUCGCCCGACCACCAGCGGAUCGGCUCUCCCUAGUCCCGCUGCCGCCGGACUGGCCGGUUUGAGCCCAGGCCGCAUGAGCAGCGACCAAAGCCCGUUCAACUUUUUCGCUACUUCGACACCAUUGCCGAUGGCUCCUCUGACUCCUCCAGGCGGCGGCGGCGGAGGCAACUCGAGCAGUGGAGGCGGCGGUCCUGGAUCAUCAACUGGCAAACGGGCCAACCGGACGCGCUUCACCGACUACCAGAUCAAGGUACUGCAAGAGUUCUUUGAGAACAACGCUUACCCUAAAGACGACGAUCUCGAGUAUCUCUCGAAACUGCUCUCACUCUCACCGAGAGUCAUUGUCGUCUGGUUCCAGAACGCCCGUCAAAAGGCUCGCAAAGUCUACGAGAAUCAACCGCCAGUGGCCGGAGGUGCCGGCGAUCCGGCCUCCACUUCGGGUUCGGCCACUCCAGGCUCUGGAACGUCGGGCGGAGGAGGAGCGGGAACCGACCCGGACGGCUCGGGCCGUUUCCAGCGCACGCCAGGACUCAACUACCAGUGCAAAAAGUGUCUGCUGGUGUUCCAGCGCUAUUACGAGCUCAUCCGCCAUCAGAAAACUCACUGCUUCAAGGAGGAAGACGCCAAACGAUCGGCCGUGGCUCAGGCGGCCGCUGCCCAGGCUGCCGCUUGCUUCUCGUCGUCAGACAAUGACAACAGCAAUUCGAGUUCAUUGGCCGACGCUUCCGUCAUGAGCGGAACGGCCUCGUCAUGUGGUGCUGCCCCUCAAUUGACCAUUUUACCGAAAUCAUCGUCGUCGUCAACCAUCAUCAAGACGGAAUCCAACGUGGCUGCACCCCCACCGCCGCCACCCAAGCAGCCGGAAAUGUUCCAAACUCAGCCGGCCCAGCAGCAGCAGCAGCAAAACCAACAGUCGCAAAACGAUUCCGCUUUCCACUGCGAGCAAUGCGGCUUGACAUUUUCGCGAUUCGAUUUGUGGCGCGAACAUCAAAUCGUCCACAUCAUGAAUCCGGAUCUCUUCUCGGGUGGCGCCGCCGCUGCCAAAAUGGCGGCCGGAAUGGAGACUCAGUAUGCGGCUCUACUUCAACAGCAUCAGGCUGCCGUCGUGGCGGCCGCGGCCGCUCAACUCUCGGCCAGUCUGCCGGCAGUCAGCGCCGGAAGCAGCGGCCAAAUGACCCCGCCAUCCUCUGGCUCCCUGAUUCCUUCUGGAAGCAAGCGGAAGCACGAAGUGGUCGAGGACGACGAAGAGCGUGGUGGUGGCGGAGGUGGAUGCGGUGGCAGCGGAAGCGGAGGUGGUGGCACUGACGGAGACGGACAACCGCGCGACAAGCGUCUGCGAACGACGAUCCUGCCGGAGCAGCUGGAUUUCCUGUACCAGCAGUACCAGCUGGAAUCGAAUCCGUCUCGCAAGAUGCUGGAGACGAUCUCACGCGAAGUCGGACUCAAGAAGCGCGUCGUCCAGGUGUGGUUCCAGAACACUCGAGCUCGCGAGCGCAAAGGUCAGUUCCGGGCCCAUGCCCAGGUCAUCAACAAGCGUUGUCCAUUUUGUCCGGCCUUGUUCAAAGUCAAAUCGGCUCUCGAGUCACAUUUGGCCGGUCGUCACCCGGAUCAGUUGGCCAAAGGCGAAGUCAACAUCGACGCCCUGCCCGACAUGACCGACGAAGACUCGGACACUGGAAUGAACCUGAACACAAGCUCAUCUCCCCAUUUAGGUUCCAGUCACUCUGUCCAGUCCGGAUCCACUUCGGCAGCCGGCGAGGCCAAUUCGGCAGCCGCCAUCCAGGAAGCCCUGACUAAGCGGCUCUCGGCCGUCUCCAACUACCAGCAGUCGAUGGCCUCACUCUCGAUGCUCUCGUCCCUCUACUCCCAGGGCUUUGUAGCUCCUCUACCCGGCUUCGAGGGCAAGGCCGAGGACGCUCUCAAACGCUACGCCAACGACUAUCUGGCCAAUGCCGGAAACAACAAUGCCACGCCGACUCCGUCGGCCGCACCAACCAACGAGCAACGUCCAUCGACUGGCAAUCCGACCGGAGAGCUGCCACUGGACUUGAGCCGACCUUUGCCACUCCAGCAGGGCCUGGGACAAGUGCGACCGGAAAGCGCCAUGCAGUCGGACGUCGGGACGGACGACAACCGCUCGGAGCACUACAUGGAUUACUUUGACGAGAGCAAUCCGUCUUCCCCUUUGCCCUACAACAAAAUGGGCGGAGGUGGAAACCAAAGCAAUUCGGGAAACGCUAGUAUGACGGGCUCGGCUUCCGGCGGACAGAACAAGCGAUUCCGCACUCAGAUGAGCGCCGUCCAGGUGCGCGUCAUGAAGUCGCUCUUCUCCGACUACAAAACACCGACGAUGGCCGAAUGCGAGGCCCUCGGCCGUGAAAUUGGCCUGCCCAAACGCGUCGUCCAGGUCUGGUUCCAGAACGCUCGAGCCAAGGAGAAGAAGAACAAGUUGAACGCCCAGAAAGCGGCCGGCGAUUUGUCUGGAAUCGAGAGCAACGUCGGCGCCAAACAGCCGGACGGUUGCGAUCUUUGCGACUUCAAAUAUUCGCACAAGUACGCUGUCCAGGACCACAUUUUCACGCAUCAGCAUAUCGAGCGCGUCAAAAUCCACGUGGCCGAGCAGUCGGGCAAGCACGGUGACGACAUGCCGACCUCGGUCGCCCGUCCUUCCAAGGCUGGAGGACAUCAGCAAGAAAGUCAGGAGCCGUCGACGCCAACACCUGUCGGUGGAUCCAGCGCCGAGACGACGACGUCGCCACCCAACAGCAGCAACGCGACGGAAUCGGCCCAGCUAGAAGCUCUGCUCCUCCACCAACUCUACGGAAUGGGCUACGGAGCUGCCGGAGUUCCAGCUGCAGCCUUGGCUGCCGCCGCUGCCGCCGCAGCCGCAUCAUCCUCGUACAACAACUCCCAGCAACAGUCGAGCACCAACGUCAUGGCCGGCGGUCCUGGAGGAAUGUGGGGACAAGGUGGUGAGAAUUACCUGCUGGCCAUGCUUCAACGGAGUCCAGCAGCUCUGCAGCAAAUCGCCAAGACUUUCUCCGAGUCGGGAGUGUCGGAGGCCCGUUUCACGCUGGACGGCAGCACCCGAUCUUCGCUGUCUGAGCAUUUGAGUUCGAUGGAAAUGAAGUUCAUCCGCACUCAUUCGACAGACGUCGGCGUCUUGUGCAAAGCUUGCCAGACCCUCUACGGCUCCGAAGCCGCUGUGGUGCAACACCAACGGGCCGGCUGCCCGCAGACGGCCGAAUCCUCGGCGGCUUCCAGCGGCGGAGCCACUCGACUGGUCCUGCUGCAACACGAGUGCAUGGCCUGCGAGGAGAAGUGCCCGACGUUGGCCGAGUUGCGCAAUCAUCUCAACGGCGAUGCCCAUCGACGCCAGACGGCCAAAUUGACGGGUACCGUCCUCAACGGCAACGUCGGCUCCCAGUCAACCACGUCAGCCAGCAGGUCGGGAGCUGACCAGGAUCAGUUGGCACUUUUGCCACCGAUCCAGUCCAGUUCUCCUUCGAGCGGACUCAGCUCUCAGAUCGAGGAUGUGGUCAAGCAGCUGACGGCCCUGGCCCAAGCCACCACCGGACAAGGAUCGACCGUCGCGCCAUCCUUUGGAGGCAAAAAUAACAGCGGCGAUUGCGAUACCAACGCCAACAUCGCCCAGCGCAAAGCCGCAACUUACGGACAGUAAAAGAAAAAUGGAUAAAAACCCCACCGAAAAAAAAAAGAAAAAGUGAACUAAUUUUUCUUCGACGCAAACUCAACCGAUUCAAGACGAACGCCCAUCGAACGUGACCAAUAAACCUAGCAAGAAAAAAAAAACAAUUCGACAACAGAUGACCCUGGAACGAUUUUUCAGUGUCGACAAAAAUUUUUUUAAUUUUUUGCCACGAGUCCCGAAAAGAUUCACUGAACGAAAAAAAGAAGAAGAAGAAAAACAAACGCUCUCGUUUUGUGUGUGUGUGAUUGUGUGCUGUGUCUGUUUGACGUGCGUGCGUGUGUGUACUGUAUAUGUACCGUGUGUUUGGCACUCUACUACUCCUAUAUACUACUACCACUACUACUCUCUAAAAAACCCUUCCCUCCAUUACAAUAUUCCGGUUUGUGUUUGGAUUCGGUUGCGCGGCGAAGAAGAUCGCGGAACUUUGGUCGCGAUUUGUCUGUCGCUCGCGACGGUCCAUCACUCCGGGUAUAUUCUCACAUGGUUCCUAUUUCACGUAGUGAUAACCAGUACAUACAUAUAUAAUAAUAAUUAAUAAUAAUAAUAAUUGAAAUAAUAAUAAAAAUUUAAAUCAUAUUUAAAAAGAAACAAAAAAAAAGUUAAGAAAAAGACAAUUUUUUCCCAAAUUUGUUUUUUUUUGGUCGUCGUUGAUGUCAUCGUCUGUUCAAAUUUACAAUCCCUCCCGUCCCGAUAUCGCAACCUCCCCCCCACCCACCUCACCCGUGUUUUUUUAACAUCAUAUUUGCUGUGUGUCUGCGUGCAAGUCUCUAUUUCAUUUGUUUUUAAAAGAACCCACACUUUUUACUCCUGCAAUUUGUUACAUGACUAUACUAUUCCCCCCCCCCUUCAAAUUUCUCUCCCUGCCUCUCGAUGAUUUUAUUUCGAGAAAUGUCAUUGGGCUGGAUAUUUUUUGGGCGAGAGAUAAAAAACAAUUGAGAGCCGAGAGAGAGAUGAUCCGGGGGGUGCCAACGGCUCAUUUGAAUCUAUACGAUUUCAUUAAUUAUAAAUCACGUUUUUUUUUUGUUUUAUUAAAUUACCAAGCCCUCCCUACCAAUUUUUUCGCUCGUCGCCCUGUCGUCAUAUCAACGGGGAAGGAAAAAGAAAAUUGAGGCGAAUGUGUUGUGCGAGACAAGAUUUUUUUCUUUUUCGAAGAAUUACCUCUCUCCCAAUGAACCCCCCUCCCCCCAUUUUAUCUCUGAAUAUAUUAUACAACGCCUAUUGCUUUGUCCACAAGCACCACGAACGAACGUUCCUACGUCGAAAGCCUUGUUAUCGAAGAAGAAGAAAAAGAAGAAGAAGAAGCAAAACAUACAAAAAAUCAAUUCAAUAUGGAAGUUUUUUUUUGUUUUUUCAACAAAGAAAAAUCGGGAGGGACUCCCGAAAUUUUUUCAUUUCCGCGUCUUUUUUUUCCUGUACGUUUUUAUUUUUAUUUUUUAUUGGAAAUUAUUUGUGAGCGUCAAAAAAAGUACUUUUUCGGUCGAAAUUAUCUUCGUUCUCUCUCUCUCUCUCUCCUCUUUCUCACUGUCGUCUUGUUGGAGCUGUCGUGACGCCAUCUCUCGUUAUAUACACACGAAAAGAAACAAAAAAAAAACCUUGUGGUGUUGUUUGUUUUGUUUGUUUUUUUUAUUAUUCUUUUUUUGCUUUUAUGGCCCCUCAAUUCAUUCGCUGCCCGGCUUCGUUUUUUUUUUCUUUUUUCCGAAGAAAUUGUUUUCAAAAGUGGCGCCAUCAGCAAUAAUAUCAAAGCAACAGCGUUGCCACCAUCAAUUUUUGAUUGGCGUGUCGUGUUCUCUCACAAAACGGGACCGUGUGUUUUGUUGGCACGUGAAUUUGAUUCAGACAGAGAAAAACAAAACAUCGAGGCUUGUAUCAAUCAUUCCUUUUUUUCGCUCCCAUUCCAGAGAAAUGCGUCGUCUGUGAGGAAAUAUUCCAUUUAACGAGGUGGAUCAAAUGAUGCGACGGGAGACCCAGUUUGACAGUCUAAAUUAUAUACACACUGUUGUAGUAUUACAUUGGCGUUUCGAUGGUUUCAAAACGUUUUUCUUUCUUAUUAUUAUUUUUGCCCCCCCCCCUCCUGCUGUGUGCGCGUGUUGAUUCAAGUAAAGAGAAGCAACACACUCGUUUUCUAUUAUUACAUAUACAAUGAUGAUGAUCAUUAUCCAAGGCUACCUCACCUGGAUACUCAAGUUCCUAUCAAAUAAAGCCUUUCUGACGACGACGACAACAUCCAUAAGCGAAAAACAACAACAGUCGCAAAAAAAACAAAAACCCAAGAUUUUUUUUUAUUGUUGUAUACACACACAAAAUAAGAGCGGCGAAAAUUCUAUAGGCGCCAACGCGUUUGUGUUAGUCUCAAAUAUUUCCCCCUUUUUGGGGAGUGUUUGUUUCGUGAAGAAAAAGAAAAAAUCGUGAACAACUUCGUCAUUAAUUCCCAGACAACAAUUUUUUUUUCUCUUUCUCUUCAACUCUACAAAAAAAAAGAAAAAAAAAAAGAAAAACAAUCUGUGUGUGCGUAUGUGUGUGUGUAUGCGUGUGUGUGGUUAUGUAUACACGGCCCAGAGCCUUGGGAUUCCAUGGCUGACAUUCAGUGUAUGUAAUAUCUAUUUCUCUCUCUCUCUCUCUCUUUUAUUUUCUAUCUCUCUCUCUCUCAUGAUGAAAAAACAUGGUCAUUAUUUCGUCAACCGGCUCCCUCCCCUUUUUUUUCAUUAUUAUGAUGUCAUAGUUUUUAAUCCCAGCUGCAAAAAAAAAGUUAAUUGAAAAAAAAAUAAGACUAUCGAAAAAUGGUCUUAAUAACUUAUUUCACCCCAAAAGUCCGGGAGGGGAUUUUUUUUUCACGCCACCUUCCUCACACAAAGAAAGAAAAAAAAACAAGUUGUAUUAUAUCAUUCAAAUAGUUUGUAUGUGUGUGUGUGUGUGUGUGUUUUAAUUUUGAAUUUAUCAUUUGAAAUUACGACACUUUUUUUUUCGCGAGUUCUUCAUUCUUCGAUGUUUGAUUUCAUUUGUUGGUUUCUUGAUUCACAUCACACAAAAGACGAUCGCCGAUGAUGACGGCUCAUUCCGAAUUUCGAAAUUCUCUUUCUCUAUUUUACGAUGAUGUGAUGAUGAUGUAACCCCCUCAUUUGUUUUGAUGAGUGUUUAUCGGUUUCAUUUCCGCUUCUUUUGAUUUGAUAUUUUUGUUUUUGAACGGGAAUUAUUCCACCAAACAGCGUUUGUAAUUCCCGCCUCGAUUCUUAUCCAACUUAAACUAAUUAAUUAUUAUUUUUUUUUUCCAACCAGAAAAAAUUGUGUUGUUGUGUUCGAAUUCAUUUUGUCUUUCGUGAGAUGAUGGGGCAGUAUAUAUUACAAUGUGAUGGAUGCUGACUGUUCUUUCUGUAGAAUUUAUCGUGGCUUCUGGCAAUACAAAAAACUUGUCAACCCGUCA